UGUACAAUGUACAUAGAUCUAGGCCAUCAUCAUAUUAUUCUGUUUUUCUUCACAGUUGUUUAAACAGGAAACGUCUGUUCUCAUGGUUUUACUCAGCCACCUGCUAACUUCAAAAAAAUAACCAAAUCAAGGCCCAGAUACCACGGCGAUAUUAUACUGUUGCCAGGAAACUGUUUUAUCUAUCGCUGAUCUGUCUGAUUCCUCCAUCCUACACUCAUUGAUCUGUCUUUUGCGCUCUCUUUCUUCAUACUAAGUCACCCUAGUUCAGUUACUGCGACCUAUUGAGGUGAUACAUUAUUUGAAAAUGUCCACUUUAUAUUGAUCAUUUUAUUUGAAUGCACAAAAUAGCUAAGGUAUUGUGUCUUUAUGUGUUUCAGAUGGAGUUCGCCUGCAGUCAUGUUGUCUGUAAUUUGAGACCCGAUGAAGCAGCAUCCACAGGAGUUUCUCUAAUCGAGUAUGACAACAUAGUGCCUGCUAAACAGCAAGAAGUUCCUCCACCGCUGCCUCCUCGUCGUCUGAGAAAACCUCGGCCUACUUCUCUGCCUCUCCCGCCUCUCCCGCCUCUCCCCACUUUCCAGUGUCCACCUACACAGCUCUCCGCCCCUCCACCUGUCCCACCCAGACUUGACAAGCUGGAGGGAGAAAGCAGACUAAAAGCCAAUCUCAAUGUAGUCUCGCUCAGUAUCGGAAAUCUGGUCAAAAUCAACGAUGCAUCCAACAUGCCGUUUUUUCAAAGCCCAGUGAAAUGUGGGAAAUGUGGCGCUGCCUUGUCAUGUCUGAGUCCUAUGAAGAAGAAUGUGUGGGUGUGUGAGUUUUGUGGGCGUGAAAACAGCGUAGACGACAGUGUGAAGAGAGCGCGUGUGGCUCAGCGUGCAGGUUUACGCAGUGAUGAUCUUUACCUGCCAAGCCAGAGCGACGACGACUACCAAAACCUGGAGAACACCCUGGUCGUGUUCUGUGUGGACAUUUCUGGCAGCAUGAGUGUCACUACAGAGGUUACAUCAAGCAGCGGAUCGCCAGCUUAUAUAUCCAGACUACAGGGUAUCCAGGAUGCCCUCCAGAUGGCGCUGUCGUCCCUGCUGCAGCACUCCCCUCACAGGAGAGUAGCGCUGGUGACGUUCAACGAUGAGGUGGUGAUAUAUGGCGAUGGUACUGGUACUCCUCUCACUCUCAGAGAUUGGGCAUUGGUUGAUUAUGACCAUAUAUGGCAACAGGGGGUAAAUUACCCAAUUCCACACUGUAUAGCUGAGACCUACCACCAACUAAUAAAGAGAGUAAAAGAGCUCAUGGAACAUGGGGCUACGUGUCUUGGUCCUGCAGCGUUAGCGUCAGUUGCCUUGGCAUCAAGGUACCCUGGUUCAAAGGUGGUUUUGUGCACUGACGGCAGAGCCAACAUCGGACUUGGCGAGAUGGAGCAAACUUCGUCUCUCUCCUCCCCUCAUCUUACUUCAUAUUUCUACAAACAGCUGGCUCUACAGGCUGUGGAGAGUGGGGUCAUAGUAUCAGUGAUGACGUUUGAAGGGACAGACUGUCGCCUGGCCGAGGUUGGGCGACUAGCAGACACUACUGGAGGACGGGUGAACAUCGUCAGCAUCGGCACUGUGGCAACAGAGAUCCAAUCAGCCUCCAUGGACAACGUCCUAGCAACAGGAGCCACACUAACGCUGCUUGCUUCAGAUGGAGUGUAUUUUCCCUAUAUGGAUGAAAAUAAUCACAAACUGAUGACAGAAAUCGGAAAUGUGACAGAGGGGCUGGAGAUCACCUUCCAGUUUGCUGUCAAGAAAGAGUUCAAUGCAGUUUUUCUCCAGAGGAACGCACUUCCUUUCCAAGUCCAGCUGAACUUCAAGACCAGAGACCAGCAAAGGGUCACACGUAUCAUCACUGAACAAAGACCAGUUACUGUCUCCAGUCGGAUUUGGGCCGGUAGCCUAAACAUGGCGGUACUUGGUGUUCACUGUGCUCAGCUCUGUGCUAGUUUAACCAUGGAGGGCCGGGUGGGGGAAGCACAGAGGCAACUGAAAGUACAGCAAGACCUGCUCAAACAGAUCAGCAAGCAGCGGCCAAUCCUAAAGGAAGAGGGUAUCUAUGGCAAUUGGAUGGAGACCAUGUCAUCAAUCUGUGACGACAUCACCACAGAGUCCUCUGGUUUAUCUGAUGAAGCAGCUAAGGUGGUGUAUCAGAUGAAGAGAGCAACCAGUGUGAGCAGCAACAUCGACAGCAACACAGCUGAGAACCAGAAGAAGAAAACUAAAAAGAAGAAGGCGCUCUUGGCAGGAAUGUAAAAGGAAGUGUCAUCCACGAAUAGGGAUCAUAUUGUAUUCGGCCAUGUUGGCUUACUUUUUUUUUUAAUCAGCAGUGUAACUAGAAGAUCAGAUGAUUUCACUUCAACCAUUUAAAUACUGAUUUAUAAUUAGCCUCUAGUUAUAAAUCUCCCGUUAAAUCCUUCUGCUUGAUUCAUCUUAUGGUUUUAAAGACAUUCACAGUCACUGUUUUAUAGAAUAUGAUGAAUAAAACAUUUUCAAAAGUAAUUUAUUUCAGUUUUUGUGAAGUGUGGGUCACAUUAAGGAAAAGUCCAGAUAAAAUAAAUGUUUUUACAGGAGCCUGAACAGGAAGUAAAGGGUUAAUACUCAGUCCUUCCAGGAUUUUGCAGUUUCUUUCUUGUAAUUAUUGUGUACAGAAAAAUGCUUGAUUUUGCAGCGUCUCUCAAAAAAUGUGACCCAGUUUGAAAUGUUUUAUUUGCUCUUUGUGUGGUAAAACUGUGGAAAUUGGGAAAAAAUGUAAGCAAAGGGAAAAUUAUGUAAUUUUGUAAAUACUGCUGCCAAUGAAAAGUCAUAUAUAAGAAAGAACUAUAUUUUAGUACAAAUCUUUAAAUGAGUUUUCUGAACAUGAGAACUA